AGGGAAAUUCCGGAACCACAUGUGGUAACUCAUUUUGCUUCUAUCAAAAUUCAAUGAUUUGGCGAUUUGUUGUGUAAAAAAGAAAAUAUAAUUGUCGUUUAUUUAGCAAACAAAGCUCUUUCUAUUAAACUUUUGUUUUCCUUUGAUCGGUUUUGUUGGAAAUAAGUUAUAGUUCAUUGUCCCCUAUUCAUGAUUUGAGUUUGCAAUAUGUCAAGCUCAUCUGUGAACAUCAAGUUCCGCUGGGGUCUGUCUCCGUCAGAUCCUGAACAAAAUCCUGUGCUGAUUGUGGGACAAGUUGCACAUCUUAAUUCACUCACUUGGAGCGAUGUCCGGUGCAAAUUAGAGCCUCGAGUCUCAGAAGAGGCGUGGCGCCGCGGGCUCUCUUGUGUGACGUCAUCACCCGGCGACUCUGUAGAACUGUGGCCCCGCGCGGCGUCUAUAGCCUCACUACCAGUUCGUUGCUCACGUCACUCUGCACCAUCUCGCUCACACGCACUAGCUAAAAUUGUGCGAGGGACUCAACGUGCCACCGACGAAUGCAUUGUGUUAGUAUGUCGGAAGCGUGAUGUGUACGCGAGCGCCGUGGCCAUAGCCCGCUCGUUCCCUCUGUACGGGGCGCGUACAGCGGCUGCGCCUCUGGCCGCUGCGGGAUCGAUUCCCGCGCGCCCCUCCACUGUUACAGUCGAACUGCAACUAGUCAAGGAAGAAAAUAAACAGGAUGGUGAUUCAGAAGAGGAGUGUUUAACAUUAGACCCGGUGUUGAAUGACAGCACCCUGUCCGCUGACGAGUUGAACACAAUUCAGCAUGCAGCGGACGCUGCUAGACUCGCAGCUCGCAUCACAGACACACCGGCUAAUAUUAUGAACGUUGAUAAAUUCAUUGAGGAAGCGUGCGCUGUAGCCAAAGAUUUGGACAUAGCGGAGCCGUUGAUAAUUCGCGGCGAGGAGUUGAGGGAGCGCGGCAUGGGCGGUCUGUACGGCGUGGGUAAGGCGGCCGCGUGCCCGCCCGCCCUUGUGGUACUGUCCUAUACUACGAACGCGCCCGCACAGACUGUCGCGUGGGUCGGGAAGGGUAUCGUGUACGAUACCGGCGGUCUCAGCAUCAAGGCGCGCACAUCGAUGGUGGGUAUGAAGGGUGAUUGUGGGGGGGCGGCGGGCGUGCUGGGAGCUUUCAUGACGGCAGUUAGGGCGCGGCCCACUGUCAACCUGCAUGCCGUAUUAUGUCUGGCGGAGAACGCCGUCGGACCUAAUGCCACCAGACCAGACGACAUCCACCAGCUGUAUUCUGGUCGUACUGUAGAAAUAAAUAAUACAGACGCUGAAGGUCGUCUAGUAUUGGGAGACGGUGUAGUGUACGCGUCUAGAGAUCUGAAGGCGGACAUAAUUGUGGAUGUUGCUACACUCACAGGAGCACAGGGUACCGCAACUGGUAAGUACCACGCGGCGGUGAUAUCCAACACCCGUCGCCUGGAGAGCGCGUGUGUAUCGGCCGGUAGAGUUUCCGGUGAUCUGACACACGCGUUACCAUUCGCUCCCGAUCUACACUUCAACGAGUUCAGCAGCGUCGUAGCAGAUAUGAAGAACAGUGUUGCGGAUCGUAACAACGCUCAGCCAUCAUGUGCCGGUUUGUUCGUACUCGCUCAGCUCGGAUUCGACUAUCCCGGCGCCUGGUUACAUGUAGAUAUGGCUGCUCCAGCCCAUUGUGGUGAACGUGCUACUGGUUACGGCGUGGCGUUACUCACUGUACUUUUUGGUGCUCACACUGAGAACAAACUGCUGAAAGCUCUGUCGCCACUAUCUAAAGCCUGAUAUAAGUGUCCUUGUCCAUAUAAUGUCCACCAACUAUGCUCAAAGCCGCCAAUCGGAGCUUAAAAGUAUUUUUUAAUAACCAACUACAGUCUAAUAUAUAGGAGCCACUGAUGUAAGAAUAAAAUCGUAUAAUAGUUGACUUCAAAUG